UUUUUCCUUUGUUAUUCAUCCUCUAAACACGUUCCAAUCCUAUCUUCUCAAAUCUUCUUGAAAUCGACACUUACACAAAAACAGUAGCAUCUUGUACUACUUCUUGAAUCACUCAAAAACUCAAUCAGCAGUAUCUUGUAGUACUUCCUGAAUCAUUCAGUAACUCAAUCCGACACAACAACUACACAACAACAAUGCAGAGAGAGAUUUGUUGAAGGAAAAAGUGAGAAAGAUGCUUAAUGAUAAGAAGAAGACUUAUGUUGACCAAUUGGAGUUCAUUGAUGAUCUACAGAAACUCGGGAUUUCUUAUCAUUUUGAAGCGGAAAUCGAUAACAUUUUAACAUCUUCUUACCAAAAAGAGAGAACAAACGUCCGGGAGAGUGACCUACAUGCCACCGCACUCGAAUUCAGACUUUUCAGACAACAUGGUUUGAAUGUUUCAGAAGAUGUAUUCGAUGAUUUCAUGAAAAAAUGUGGGAAGUUUGGCAGUGAUGAUAUAUAUGGUUUCUUAUCUCUUUACGAAGCGUCGUAUCUUUCGACAAAGUCAGAUACAAAACUGCAAAAAUGCAUCAGACCUUUUGCAACACAACAACUCAGAGACUUUGUUGAUACUCAUAGUAAUGAAGAUUGUGGGUCGUGUGACAUGGUGGAGAUGGUGGUCGAAACGUUAGAUAUGCCCUACUAUUGGCGAAUGAGAAGGUUAGACACCAGACGGUACAUCGAUGUGUAUGGAAAGAGACAUAACAAGAACGCUGUCCUAGUUGAAUUUGCCAAGCUUGAUUUCAAUAUCGUACAGGCUAUUCAUCAAGAGGAACUCAAACACGUAUCCAGCUGGUGGAGGGAGACAGGUUUAGGUAAGCAACUCUACUUUGCAAGAGACAGGAUAGUGGAGAAUUAUUUUUGGACGAUUGGACAAAUCCAAGAGCCUCAAUACGGAUACGUUCGACAAAUAAUGACUAAAAUAAAUGCACUUCUUACUACUAUUGAUGAUAUCUACGAUAUCUAUGGCACUCUUGAAGAGCUUGAACUUUUCACUUCCGCGUUUGAAAAUUGGGAUGUAAAUCGUCUUGAUGAACUCCCCGAGUAUAUGAGGUUGUGUUUUCUUGUUGUAUACAAUGAAGUCAAUAGCAUUGGAUGUGAUAUUCUAAGAAAUAAAAAUAUCAACGUGAUCCCAUUCCUCAAAAAAUCUUGGACAGAUGUAUGCAAAGCAUAUUUAGUAGAAGCAAAGUGGUACAAAAGUGGGCACAAACCAAAUUUGGAGGAGUACAUGCAAAAUGCUUGGAUUUCAAUCUCGGCCCCAACGAUAUUUGUUCACUUCUACUGCGUAUUCUCUGCCCAGCUCUCUAUUAAGGUCUUGGAGACUUUGUCCGAACACCAACAAAACGUCGUCCGAAGCUCUGCCUCAGUGUUCCGUCUAGCCAACGACCUUGUAACCUCACCGGAUGAAUUAGCGAGAGGAGACGUCUGCAAAUCCAUCCAAUGUUACAUGAGUGAAAAUGGAGCAUCAGAGGAUAAAGCACGUUCACAUGUUCGGCAGAUGAUCAACGACUUGUGGGAUGAAAUGAAUUACGAGAAAAUGGCACAUAGCUCUUCGCUACUCCAUCAUGAUUUUAUGGAAACAGUGAUAAACUUGGCACGCAUGUCUCAAUGCAUGUAUCAAUAUGGUGAUGGCCAUGGCUCUCCCAAAAAAGCUAAAAUCGUUGAUCGUGUCAUAUCCAUAAUAUUCAAUCCGAUUCCUUUAGAUUGAACUUCAGAUUACAUUAUAUUCAAUAUCAUAUGGUUUUUAGAUAAUCAAAGACAUAAAUUAAAGUUCGAU